UCACCGGUAGAACACCCAAGUUGGCGACGAUUUUGAACUCCGUUAAAACGGCAGUCCGCCGUGCGAACGUCAGAUUCGUCUUCCAGCGCGGAUCGGAACGCGAGUAAAUAAAUUCUUCUGCGUGCUUUUCUCAGCAAAGUACAUGGUUGUUGAGUCGCACGCGACUCGAAAACUCGUGAGGGCCAGAUUUCGUUGUUUUCGAAUCAUCGCUUAUGGAACACUCGAUUGUUGUCCGUUGCAACAUUUUCACAUCAUGUUUCUAACAUCAUUCCUAUGACAGUGCCGAUAUUUUCUGUGUCGUUCUAACAAUGAUCCAUGGCGUUCAUUGUAUAUUAUAUUAUUUGCCAUGCGCAUGAUGUGUUAGACAUAACAACAAUGGGGCAAGGAGGUUAAUGCCUCGCUGCUGCCAAUAAACAAUGCUGUGAUCGGACUUCUUGUGCAAUAGUUAACGCACAAAUUGAAUACUGUUGUGUCAAUUCUUCAUAUCUUGCCAAGAUGAGUGAGGAGACAGAAUAUAACGUUGCUGCUAGGUACAGAGCGGUCAGGAAACAUCUGGAUAACUUGGGAUACAAGCAAGCAUUGUCAUUAGACGCUUUGCCUCUGAUAGAGACUCUAUUGGCCGAUCUUAUUCAAACUACUGACAGUCUCAAGCAUUUUAAAGCUAUUGCUCAGGAGAACGUCGAGGCAUGUAGUCAAUUGCAAUUGACAGUUGAUCCUUACAAAUGUGACAAUGCAAGAUUAGUGAGGGAAUGUAACCAGCUUCAUGCAGAUCUGAUAGAGGCUAAGGAAACACAUCAGAAACAAGUCAAGGAGCUUAAGAAGCAGAUACACAAAUUGGAAUGCGAGUGCAAUGAUCUGCAAUUGGCAUCUUCACGCAACAUACAUAAGAUAAAGGAGCUGGAGAGCGAGUCAGCUGCAAAAUCUAAGAAGAUAUUGGAACUGCAAGGCAAAUGCUCAAAGCCGACUAUCAUUAAUGUUGGACUAGCCGCUAAGAAGCGCUCCAGUUUUCCUCUUCGAAGAUCAGUGUUAGAGUCUGAGCCAAUGCCGAGAGCAAAGAGUAGUGUUGCGUUACCAAAAUUGAGCAAUGUGGAACCGAAGGUAAUAGAUAUGAUAAGCAUGGCAGAUCACAAAAUAAGCUGCUUGAAUCAUGAGGUAACGAAAUUAAGAGGGGAGCUAUUACUGCAGACUGACACAGUAGAGACCCUUGAGAAAGAGUUAACUGCAAAAGAGAAAGAAAUAAGUCGGUUAAGAAAAAUGUUGGAGGGUGGUCGUCCCUACACCGCUGUUAGCAAGGAUUGCGUCUGCAAAAAGCUGGAGAAGAAAGCUGGCGCUACGCACGAUGUCGUGGAAACUAGUCAAAUGCGAGUCUUUCAGCAAGCGAAAUUGGAGUUGGAGCAGCAGCUGAAAGAAGCUCUAAAUAAACAACAUGAUGCUAUGUCUCAGGCGAUGAAGCUAGCAGCGCGAAAUGAAGAGCUAGAGAAAGAAUUGAGAGAUAUAGAUCACGUUGCGUUAGCUGUAGAGGCUGACUGCAACUCUGCGGUGAAAGAGAACAACAGGAGAGUCUGCAGGCUUCAGGAAAAAUUAGAGGAUGUCAUGACGCAAGUGCAUGUCUUAGAGCGCGAGUUGACUGUAGAGCGUAGGGAGGUGCAGGAAUUGAGGGCGGAUCUAGAAGCAUGCAGGCUUGAGAAACGUAACAUUCAACGCACCUUAGAAUCCACGUUAGACGAGAAGAAACAAAUGACCGACAGGAUUAAUCAACUAACGAUCAUUGAGAAAAGUUUAAACCAUGAGAUAGGAAGAUUGACUAGAGAGAAUGAAAGCUAUAUACAAGCUUCCAAGAAUCACAGAGAUGAGAAGUACGGUGUGGAUCAUCAGGCAAUGGCUAAAGACGUGGAAGUUACGAAAGACAUGACUAAUCUCGACGUGCAAAGACGGAUCGACGAAGCGGAUCUACAAAUUGCGUCUCUGCAGCAGUCGAUUCAGCGAUUGGAAGCGGAACGGGAUCACUAUAGGAAGGAAUACAUCAAUUACCGCGAGGAGCAGCGCAAAGUGUCUGAAAAAGAUAACACUGAACUAUGGACUCGGAUCUGCGAGUUGAAGCGCGAGUUAGGCGACAAGGAGCAAGCGUUGAGCAAAAUGCAACGGGAAAAGGAGGACUUGUGCCACGAGAAGGAGGACUUGGAGACACGACUGCGAGCUUACAAGGGCCAGCAGAGACAGACAUGCGUCCCUUGCAGAUCGUGCAGCCUGUGCAAGCCCGUUCGUGCUUGUACCUGCGCGUCCAGCUCGCCGACAGCUGCAGCAGACGUAAGCACGACGAAGGCAAUGCGCGAACGUCUGGAGCGAGAACGGGAUACAGCCAGAGCGGACGUCGAACGAUUGAUAGAGGAACGUGACGCAUUGCGGGAGAGGCUUAAGAUGAUGGCGGAAGCUCACACGAACGAGCAAUUUCGUCUCAAGGAGAGCUUAGUCGAGGCAGAGAAUCGACUCAAGCAUAUAGAGAAAGAACGACAAGAUCUGUUGGUUACUCAGGGAACCAGGAGAGCGGCGAUAAACGGUCUAGAGGAUCAGUUGGACGACGUGCAGGAAGAAUUACGCCGCACCAAGCAGGAUUUGAUGACGCAGCGAACGCAAUAUUUUCAACUACGAACUCUGCAGGAUCAAACUGACCAAGCGCUCGGAGACGCUCAGGGCCAAUUGUCGCAAGCGGAGUCGGAGCUGAAUAAAGCUAUCGAUCUUAAUAGAAGUAUGGAACAGCAACAGGCUCAGCUGAAUGAUCAGAUCAAGGAACUGAAGCAGGAAAUUAAUACUCUGCGCUCGAGUAUGACACUCCUGGACCAAGAGAAGGAUCGAUUGUUGAUGGCUUUGGACGAGAAGACAGAGAGGAUCGCCGCGUUGGAGCGGGAACUGGUGCACAAGGACCAGCAAACGGAAGGGAUGCAGCAGCAGGUUCGCGACUUACAGCAUAAAAACGAAAUAUGCGUCGAUCAGAGCGCCGAGCAGGAACGGCAGCUGAGGUCGCUGCAGCUGGAGAUGGAGACGAUCCAACGGCAGUUCGAUGCCGCGUCAAUCGACCGCGAGAACGCGAUUCAGGAGAAUCGGAAGCUGCAGGACGACUUGGCCGCAGCGACCUGCGAGGUGCGCAAUAUGCAGCGCGAGUUGGAGGCUUCGCGCGCUGAGGCCUACGACCUCAAGAGGCAGCUGCAGACCUACGUGAGCGAGGUUCGCCGCGCUGAGGAACUCCUCAACCGAAAGGAGAAUGAGAGGACAGAGAUGUUGAACCACUUCCGCAGCCUCAGCCUGGAGGCGACAGUCUUGGAAACCAACAAUCACAGCUUGGAAUCCGAAGCGGCGGAAGCCAGGGGCGCCCUGCAGACGGCGAGGCACCAGAUGCUCGACCUGGAACGUCAACUGGCCGACAGAGACUGCUUGAUCAAAGGCUACGAGACUCAGAUAAGCAAACUGACGCAGAGUGUCGCCAACAUGGAGACACAGCUGCGACAGCAGACCGAGCAGAAGCUCCACGCCGAGUCCGAUCUCAUGGCGAUCAGGGACCUGUGCGUGAAACUGGAUCAGCAAAAGGACGCGCUUCUGGAGCAACUCGGCGACAAGAAUUCAGCAAAAGCGCACUACGAGGCGCAGCUGUCCAGGCUGAAGGCCGAGCAGAGCGUCGCGGAAGACCAGAUGAUCCGGGAUCGUGUGACGGUGGAGCGGCUGGAGACCCUUUUGGACCAAGCGAGGCAGGAAUCGAUCAACGCGCAAGCCAUCAAUCAGGAACUGGAGAACGAGAUCGCCCGGCUAAAGCAGAGGAUCAGCGAGCUUCAGAGCAAACUGUCGUCCGAAUCCGUGGAGCUCAGGCGGUAUCAGACUCAAGCGGCGGAGUAUAACAAGCAGGUCAGCGAGCUUCGCAGACAAGUCACCAAUGAAAGGUUCGACCGAGCGAGGAAGGAAGAGGAAAGUCGCAGGUCGCUAAACUCGAGCCCGGACAGUUUCAAUGUAGACUUAAAUUUAAUCGUGUAGGACACUACAUACGAUGUCUCUUGAUCCCCGUAGAUAUUUGCAGCGGGGUGACAUCGGUGGUACCGACAUAGACACUGCGAGACGCACGAAUCGAUUCGACGCGUCCAACCCCGACAUCGUAGCUUGCGCGUGCACCAAGCAUCGUCAAGCACGUCCUGGCGCGGCCGACUGCAACGUGUGUCGUAUCAAUAUAAUUAUAUGUCCGGAACGAGCGGCAACCUGCGGAGCCGACGAGUCACGCGGUCAAGGGAAUGAGACUCCCUCGGGCAAGGAUCAGCGGAAUAAAGCGGUAUCUACGGAUUCUUUCAAGAACGCGUCGUACGGAUUCGCCACGACGCUGCAGCGUGCAAACUUCGUUACGGACGAAGGACAUCUGGAGGAUCUACCGACCUCCACUCCUUUGCGAGCCCUGAAGACGGAAAUCUUGGAGGAGACGAGCCAGGCGACUGAAAGGAUGCAAGAUAAGAGCGUUGAAACCGAAUUCGCGAAGGAUGCGUCAUCGGAGGCUCCGUCGAAGACCCUGUUGGACUUGUUGAGAGACGAUCGGGUACAGCCUCGACGUUGCUUCUGCUCUGAGCCUCGCAUAGUCCCGCGCGGGAUCAGGAGGGUUAUCGCGGUGAACACGAUGAAAAGAAUACCUGCGUGUCAAAGAUCGAACAACGUGUACGCGUGUAGGAAAUUUAAUAGAAGACAUUUCGUGCGGUAUUAUCCAACGAACAACGGUGAAGUCGACGGUCUUCACGGUGCAAGCAGCAAGAGCAAGGAUGAAGAUCGUCCUUUCAAUAUGUACAGCAAUCCGAGCGAUCACGAGGCACUCCGGACCGAUAAGAAACGGAGCGAUCGAGUUGCAAAGACGACCUCGAGGAGUCGCGUUGAAGAUCGAUCAAAGCGUCCAAGAGACUCGAUGGAGCAUAGCUGGAACAAUCAGGACGUUCGAAAGGAAUGGACGUAUGUAGAAUAUUUGAUGAACGAUACGUUGAGACUGUUAGGUGGCACAAGCGCGUUGGGAGAGAAGAGGCUGAAGAUCAGAGAGACGCGCAAAGAGAAUCGCAACGGCAGACUCUGCGAGGCGCGAACUUCCACGGGUGUUGACUGAGAAAUCAAUGAAGAACUUGGGAGAACACCAAUGAUACCGAACAAGACUGCCGAGAAGAAACGGAAAUUGCUUCACAGAUCUCGUGCAUUGAACAAGUGACCUUUGGUGUGCAGAAAGUAGACGAAGUAACGAAAUAAUUUAGUUUAAAGUAUCUCUAAUCAAGAUAUAUAGUAAUUUUAACUCGCCUGAUUCAUCAGCUGACGUCGCAAUAAAUUCUUUUAUACUCUU